GGCGCACGUUGGCUGUGCUUGGCACUGGCUACAUCGGCCGCGAAGUAAUCAGGCGGGCUCUUGCUUUUCGCAUGCACGUACGGGCCUGGAGCCGCUCAUUGACAGCUCAGGAGGCUUCAGAACUGGGCGCAGAAUUUUGCCCCACACCCGAUGCUGCAGCCGACGGGGCAGACGCCUUAUCCGUGCACCUGGCAUUGGGAAAGUCUACGCGAAACCUGGUGGGCGCUGGGUUGCUCGCCAAGCUCCGUCCAGGUGCUUUGGUGGUGAAUCUGUCUCGAGGCGGCGUCGUCGAUGAAGAGGCCUUGCUAGAUGCCGUGAAGGCGAGAGGGAUUCGUGCGGGCCUGGACGUUUUCGAACGUGAGCCUGGCGCCAACGAUACCAAGUUCCAGGACAAGGCCAUCAUGGAGGUGAGUGGUAUCUAUGGCACUCACCACACCGGCGCAAGGACUGAGCAGGCUUCAGAGGCCGUGGAGGAUGCAGUGGUGGCUGCUGUGGACGCUUACCUUUCCGGCAGGGAAAUACCGGGACGAUUGGCCUGA